UGGAGAGAAGCUGACGCACCGUUAUUUACCGGACCGUUAACUUUCCUGCUCACGCUCUCCUCAUGCCAUCACAGCUUACACGCUGCGUUAGACCAGGAGGAUACAACUGCGAGAUAGUUGUGAAAUAGUUUGAGCACUGAAGAGCUGAAGAUUUAUCUUAAUUGUUUUUUUCUUCCCCUUCUUUUUGGAAGCUUGUACUGCGUUAUUACGCAUGACGCGCGAAGAGAUGGCUUCACUUUGGAGACACACAAGAGGAGUACAACAUAUUUUGUGUGCUUAUCUCUCUAUUUCAGUGGUUUAUUCUUACAAUAUAGACUUAGAACAUCCUUUGGUAUUUCGCGGACCAAAUUCUAGUUUUUUCGGCUAUUCUGUGCUGGAGCAUUAUCAUGACAACACACGCUGGGUAAUAGUAGGGGCUCCAAAGGCCAACUCAACCUACAGUAGCUCUGUGCACUCUCCUGGAGCGGUAUAUAAGUGUCGAAUUCACAGCAACCCAGAGCGCCGCUGCACAGAAAUGGAUCUGGGAAGAGGGAACAAGCCGAGGGAGUCGUGUGGGAAGACGUGCCAAGGAGACAGGGAUGAUGAGUGGAUGGGGGUCAGCCUGGCCCGGCAGGACAGAGCCAAUGGCAACAUUUUGGCCUGUGCUCACCGCUGGAAAAACGUCUACUACGACUCGGAGCAUAUCCUUCCACACGGGUACUGCUCCAUCAUUCCUCCCACUCUCCAGGGCAGGACGAAGCCGCUCAUCCCUUGUUAUGAAGACUAUAAGCAGAAGUAUGGGGAAGAGCACGGCUCGUGCCAAGCCGGGAUAGCGGGAGUUUUUACGGAGGAGCUGGUGGUGAUGGGGGCCCCGGGGUCAUACUACUGGACCGGGACGAUCAAGGUGUACAACCUGACUUCUGACUCGUUCUACAGCCCCAACAAAGAAGACGUCGACUCUCACCGAUACAGCUACCUUGGCUACGCCGUGACUGCUGGACACUUCUCCUCUCCUAAUGUCAUAGACAUCGCUGCAGGGGCGCCUCAGCACAGCGGCAGUGGAAAAGUUUACAUUUUCAAAAUCGACGGUGUGUCUUUGGUGAAGAGCUUUCAAGCCUCAGGGAGAAUGAUGGGCUCUUACUUUGGCUCCUCAUUGUGUGCAGUUGAUCUGAACCAGGACGGCUUGUCGGACCUGCUGGUGGGGGCACCCAUGCACAGCCAGCUCCGGGAUGAGGGCCAGGUGUCUGUGUACCUCAGCAAGGGCAAUGGGGUGAUGGAGGAAGAUGGUGUUUUGAGUGGUGACAAUGCUUUCAAUGCACACUUUGGAGAAUGCAUUUCUGCAAUUGGAGACAUAGAUGAUGAUGGAUAUCAAGAUGUAGCCAUAGGAGCCCCGAAAGAGGAUGACUAUGGAGGAGCUGUUUAUAUCUACCAUGGGGACGCCAAAGGAAUCAUCAGAAAAUACUCGAUGAAACUGUCUGGGCGCAGUGUGAACCCUGGUCUGCAGAUGUUUGGCCAGUCAAUCUCCGGUAAUGUGGACAUGGAUGGCAAUGGAUACGCAGAUGUUACUAUUGGAGCUUUCAUGUCAGAUAGUGUGGUAAUGCUGAGAACUCGGCCUGUCAUUACGGUGGAUGUCUCCAUCUUCCUGCCCGUCUCCAUCAACAUCUCUGUGCCGCAGUGCCACGAGGGCCACCAGAACCUAAACUGCUUCAACGUCACCGUCUGCAUGCGCUUCAGGGGAAGACAGCUGCCAGGACAGAUAAAUUUGCUGUACAACCUGACAGCUGACGUGGACAAGCGACAGAAGAGCGCGCCUUCCCGGGUCUACUUCACUCAAAGCGGUUCUCAGAUCAGCCAGAUAAGCCAUCAGAUCAGCUUAGACUUCAACAGGGAGGAGUGCCAGCGCUACACGGCCUACGUUAAGAAAGACGUGAAGGACGUGUUCACAGCCAUCACGUUCGAGGUGGCGUACAGCCUGGGGAAGCAUGUGCUGUCGGGAGACCCGGAGCGAGACCUGCCGGCGCUCACUCCCGUGCUGCGAUGGAGGAAAGGAAACAAGAUCGCAGCGCGGAACGAGACUUGGUUCGAGAAGAACUGCCUUUCAGACGACUGUGCUGCGGACCUGAGGCUUCAUGGGAAACUGUUGCUCUCUGGGUUGCAUAGCAAACCCCAUCUGGCCCUCGGAGGAGUGAAGAACGUCUCGAUGAACCUGACCAUCUCUAACGCUGGGGACGACGCCUACGACACCAACAUCUACUUCCACUUCUCCAGAGAAGUUUCCUACAUCAACUUCUGGCAGAAGGAAGAGAAGGGCAUUUCCUGUGGACUUGUUGAUUUGGACUUCCUGAAAUGCAGCGUGGGAUUUCCAUUCAUGAGAGCGCAGACUAAGUAUCAUUUUGCAGUGAUUUUUGACACGAGCCAGCUCUCUGGGCAAAAUGACACAUUGCAGUUCUUAGUUCAAGCAAAAAGCGCCAAUCCUGAGCACAACCUCUCUGACAACACUUUGGACCUGUCCAUCCCUCUGGUUCAUGAGACCGACACGACUAUUACUGGUGUGGUGACACCGAGCUCCUUUGUGUACGGGAACUACAUCGACGCCUCUCGCUUCGUCCAGUUGGAAGACAUGGAGUGUAACUUUCAGCCUCUUAAUCUCACCUUUCAGGCCAUAAACAAGGGGCCCAGCAGGUUGCCUGGCUCCACUGUGGACAUCAGGAUACCCAACCGGCUGGUUGGCAGCGGAGCUGACAUGUUCCACAUGAUUGAAACACAGGUCGCCGAGGGCAGAGGAAACUGCACCCCUCACAGGAACCCGACGCCGUGCACCAUCCCCCAAGACAGAGAGAACAUCUUCCACUCCAUCUUUGCCUUCUUUACCAAAUCAGGACGCAAAGUCUUAGACUGUGACCGGCCUGGAAGAGCUUGUAUGACAAUCUCCUGCAGUCUGGGCCCACAAUUAAAAGAAGAAGCUCUGAGCAUAGAUAUCAAGCUUCUAGUCAACACUGAAAUUAUCAAGAGGGAUAGCUCCUCUGUGAUCCAGUUUGUGAUGAGGGGCAGCGUGCAGGUCAACGACAGGGCUGUGGAGGUGCCCAAUGGCCUGCCAGAAGACAUUUCUCUGGUGUUCGAGGCCCUCCACAGUCAGGAGCCGAAGGGUUACGUAGUCGGCUGGAUCAUUGCCAUCAGUCUGUUGGUGGGCAUCCUCAUCUUUUUGCUGUUAGCUGUGCUACUCUGGAAGAUGGGAUUCUUCCGUCGGCACUACAGAGAGAUCAUCGAGGCUGAAAAGAACCGAAAGGACAGUGAUGAAAGCUGGGACUGGAUGGAAAAGAACCACUGAGACUUGUAGUGGGGGUCCCACAGGAGCCAAUGAGAUUAGGGAUUGGGUCGAGAAAGAUCCAAUAGCACGUGGUCUCGCAGCCCAGCCGCCCCAGUGGCACCAGGCCCUUCAGUCUUCCAUAUGUGGAAGAAAAGCAUAUUCUCCACAUUUUUUGGAGACUUGAUAUUUUUGUGUGGGUGGUGGUCCAGGAAACAGGCUUCUGACGUGACAGUGUGGCUUGCCAGAGGACACUUGCUGUGGAUUUCAGCCAAUCUCAAAGGAGGAAACUCCCAGCCAGCGAGAGUGGAGCUGUUGAUGGAGAGCCACAUCCUUAUGGGGAUGUAGCGACAGCAUGAAUACUGGUGGACAAUAAACCCUCAGGGCAAAUUUAUUUUUAUACCUACACGUUAAGCCAUAUUGUAUAAAACUGGGCUUCAAGAAGCGAUGGGGUUUUGACGGCCAUUAUAAACAUACUGUAUCUCCAGUAUGUUUUCCUAAAAGCACUGAUGUUUGAUAAGAAUGAAUGCCUUGGCUUCAUAGCUUUACUUUUUAUGCCAAAGAUAUGUCCUGUAAAGUAUAUGAUUGGAGUUGUUUGUAUAUUCAGUUCUUCCUGGGAGUGAGAGAUUGUAUCUUUUCUGUUCUAUUUCCGACUUAUGAAUAUCUGGUUUACACAUCUGACUCCCACCGAUAAUAAGCCGGAGCUAAUUCAAUGUUUCAGACCCACACACCAAGGAUUAAAUCGCUGCGCCCCCCUCAUGUCAUCCGCUAGUGCUGUCCGGGUUUGUCGCAGUAAACGCGCUCUCUGGGGUCAUUACGACAAAGCUCAGGAUGUGGGAAUCAACCGCACAGCAGAGGUCUCUAUUAACCUUUUAUUUACCAUGUUUCCUUUAUUGCCCACGUGUGAAGCAGUUGAAUUAUACAUUUCAAGCGUUGGGACUUUUCAUAAGCAUUCCAUUUGUUAUGGUCUGGCUUUGAAGCAGUCCAUUGUAGUUGAGAAAAGUGGAUGUAACAAAGUGAUUUUGUCUAUUUUAAAUUGGAAUGAACAAAUGCUUGCUAAGUGCAAUGUGCAAAUGAGUUAAGUGAAUUAUCGGAAGCUGUUUUUGCAAGAAUCUGUCGCUCAGGUACGCAGCUGACUUUCUAGAUGGAUCCCUAAAGGUUUCCAGGUUCAAGUGAAGACUGAAAUGUUGUGGGAUAGGAUUCAUAUACAUCACGGCAAGAGUCCUGAUCAUGUUUUAAUUCCAAAACCUUUCCAGACUUCUCCUAAUCAGACCAUAUGUAAUGUUCCCGUUCUGUUGUUAUGCAUUGGGUUUUAGUGUGAAAUAUGAGAUGCAUUACUCUCCACGGCCAGAUGAAAGUCUGCGAUGGGAGUCCACCGUCAGUCAUUUACAGGGGCCCGUGCCAUGAGUAAUGCCCUAAAAAUAGGUGGGAAUGUGCUGCACUCAAUCACUUCACAUAAACGAGCUCUUUGGGGCUCAUGGGAAAAGUUCAUUUUAAGUCAACAUGAAGGAAUGUCAGCUCCCCAAAAAUCUGCCACGAUUAAAGUUCACAGCUUCUCAGUACUCACAUUGUACAGCACAUGUUCCCGAGAGUUGUUCAAGCGCCGCGUUUGAUUGUGAAUGAAAGUUGACAGAAGACAGCAAAGUACAUUUUAUAUUAUAGUUACUGAAAGAAAUAAGAAUAGUAACUAUUUUAUACAUUUGUGGAGCUUUAUCGCAAAUUUAACAUCAAGAAAAGUAAAUCUUGCACCCAAAAAUAUGUUUAUUUGGAUGUCAGUUUUGCAGAAUGUAUCUAUGAUAAUAAGAUGUCAUCAAAUCAAUUCAGAUAUUUUGCAGUAGUCUGGAGUCUGAUUCAAAUGAGCAAAGCCAAAGAACAAAAUCUAUGUUUUCAUAAGUGUCACACUUCCGUGCUGACACACUUUACGGCUCACUAUGAUUGCUUGGCUUUCUGAUUUCUGCUGUAUGAACCUUUUAUUGAUCCGAUAGGGUUUAUUUUGACAUUUAAUUCCACUGGCAUGACAGCAUAUACUGUACACAUUCACGUCCUCCCUAUUCUGUUAAACCGAUGCGACCUGUAUGCAGAGAAACCGACACUUGACCAUUUAUUAAUAAAUUUGAACUGAUGCUCGUGGACACCGUCAGUCGCACCGUUAUUUGGGUUUUUUGUUCUGAGUAUACUACUGUCACUGAAUAUAAUGUUCACUAUAGUGUGUAUGUUUGAUUUUGAAAGUCAUGUUGGAGCUGUAUAUUUAUCUGUUGAAAAAUAAUUUUGAGUGAAAUUC